UCUGCUACCAUGAAAACUCGUAAAUGUUAAUAGAGAUAGAUAAACCCACCACUAUAUAUUAAUACCUAUAAAUAUACAAACAUAUAAUAAACAUAAAUGAACUGCAUUGUUAGAGUCAGACAGUAGGAUGUUAACAUAUAGACUGUGAAAAUAUUAACAACAAACUCAACUCUGUUGCCUGGGACAUGAUGUUGCUUUCAACAUAUUCAAUAUGAACUCCGAACAACAACUACAAAUUAUUAUAGACAAAAUUUUACUUUUGUCUGAAGAAUUAGUUCCGGAAAGGAAAGUGUUUACAAUGAAACAAGGUAAACACUACAUACCAAGAGAUCGUCGUGUACUAAUGAGGCAGCGGCGUAAGCUUAUAAAGCGACUGUCCAAAACUUUAAAUACAAACAAGUGAGAAAAAUAAAAGAACGAUUAGUCGACAUUGAACUUUCUCUGCAGCAGUCAUAUAAAGAAAGCAGACAAUCUCUAGAAAAGAAAGCAAUUUCUUCUAUUAAAACAAACCCAAAAUAUUUUUAUUCCUAUGUGCGAAAACAUAGUAAAACAAGGUCCAGAGUAGGUCCAUUAUUUAACCAAAGUAAACUGAAGUUCACUGAUGAUUGCAAAGAAAUGGCUGACCUCCUGCAACAACAAUACGUGAGUGUAUUUAGUAAGCAACAUAAUUCAACAGCCGAUGCUAAUGAUUAAACUUGUACCAUUCCUGUAGUAACAGAUGUUGCACUUACCACUAAUGACAUAAUUGAAACAAUUAACACUCUAUCUUAAAACUUGUAAGAAUGCUGUGGCAACUCCACUUCUUAUGUUUUGGUCAAACUGUCUCAACACAGGUGUAACAACUCUGCUUUUGAGGACUGCAAACAUUGCCCUCAUAACCAAGCCGAUGUGGGCAUCUAUCGACCAGUUGCCUUGACUUCACAUGUCGUUAAAACAUUUGAAAAAGUUAUAAAAAAGAACAUAGUUGAUCAUCUUGUACAGUACAAUCUUUUUAACAACUCACAACAUGGUUUUAGAGAAGGUCGUUCCUGUUUAUCACAGCUACUGACCCAUUAUGAUACAAUCCUAUCCUUUCUUGAAAGCAGUUCAAAUGUAGAUACAAUUUACUUAGAUUUUAGCAAGGCAUUUGACAAAGUGGAUUUCUCCAUCUUAGUUUAACAACUUGGUAUAAAUGACAAACUGAUAAAAUGUAUUAAAUCAUUCCUUAAAGACAGAAUACAACAUGUUUAUGUCAAUGGUGUAAAAUCUAUACCCGCUAACGUUGGAUUAGGGGUUCCACAGGGGUCUGUUCUUGGCCCACUGCUUUUUCUAAUCAUGGUUGGUGAUAUCAAUCAGAACUUAAAGUAUUCUUUAGCAUCCAGCUUUGCAGACGACACACAAAUUCUGAAAGAGAAUAAUGGCCUCAUGGACACCUUUAAACUCCAAAGUGAUCUAAAUAUAAUUUAUAAGUGGACAAAUAAAAAUAAUAUGAAACUCAAUGGGUGUAAGUUUGAGCACCUAAGUUAUGGAAAGAUUGAGUCUUUGAAACCACUCCCUGUAUAUCUAAGUAACACGUCAGAAAAGAUUAACAAAAAAACCACUGUGAAGGACUUAGGAGUUAUAAUGUCAAAUGAUUGCAAAUUUAAUAAGCAUAUCUCAAACCUUAUAUCAAAGGCAAACAGGAUAACUGGAUGGAUAUUACGAACAUUUGAGAGCAGAGAAAAAAACCUGAUGUUGACUCUUUGGAAAUCAUUAGUUAUUCCCCACCUUGACUAUUGUUCCCAAUUAUGGUCUCCACUAAUGAAAGGACAAAUACAAGACAUAGAAAUGGUGCGAAGAACCUUUACUAGAAAAAUCCUUGGAACUCAAGGUUUUUCGUACUGGGACGUGCUAAAAAAAUCAGUAUUUGAAUCUGUAUUCUCUGGAGAGAAGAAGAGAACGGUAUGCCAUAAUUUACAUCUCGAAAGUGAUUGAAAAAAUAGUACCAAACUUUGUCCAGGAAACUGUAAAAGGAGGCAUCACAUGGUACACGAAUGAUCGUUUGGGUCCAAAAUGUGUUGUUCCUGUAGUGAAGAAAGGGCUAUUUUAUAAGAUUCGUUGUGCUAGCUUGGCUGUUCAAGGAGUACAAUUGUUUAAUGGUCUACCAAAAGCAAUACGCAACCUAUCUGAUUGCAGCAUAAACUGUUUCAAGUCGAAGUUGGAUUGCUUUCUUGAUAUUGUUCCUGAUGAGCCAGUGAUAUCAAAUUAUGUUCAGUUUUGAAUGGCCAACACGAACAGCAUCAUUGACAUGAUGAGCAUUGGACUUGUUGAGUUGGAUGCGUGAAGAUCUCACAAAAUCUACUUCAAAGUAUUCAAAGUUUCACAUAUCGGAUAGCUUCGAAACCGUGUGAACGCGAGGCCUACCCGCAACAAAAAUCAUUUUGAUGCAAUGUGUGAACAUAGUCUAAAUUCGUUCCGUGUUUUUCUCAUCCCGCAGUAUUCAAAACUGGCAGAUAAAUAAUCGUGCAAAAGUAACACCAAUUUGUGAUAUUUCUUAAUUAGUAAAAUGGCGGUAUAUGUAGGUGUGCGGAAGUACAUUUUUCAACGAUCUAGAGUGUCCAAUUUAAUAAUACCUACCUAUGAUAGCUUUAUAAACUUCAUGUUUUGGUAGUGCUUGUUUAGUAUAUUCCCUUGGGAAAAAUUUUGUAUCAUAGAUCAAGCUUUGAAAAUAGAAAAGUAAAAUAAAAUCCUGACCAACUUAGUCAGUACUAAAACCCUUACCUGGACGGGGCAAACAUAAGUACAUUAAUAUAACUGCAUGAUCCUAUACGUAGCAUAUAGCAAAAAGCUUGUCUCAAAAGUUGUUAAAGUUGACAAAAUCUUAAAGUUCUAAAAUUGUAAAAUAAAUAUCCUAUACAAGUUGUCAGAUGUUUCAAUGACUCAAAAAUGAAAAAUUAGAGCAGGGGUUCUUUUUUGUAAGAAAUUUUGGCUAAUUGAAGAGAUUUGUUUCCCAAUGAAAUUGUUUAAGAUUUCUUGUUUCACCACUACCCAUUUCAAAUAUAGAUAUAGGGAUGAACAUGGGUCUUAGAUAACUAUAUUAUACUGUUGGGUAGUUAAGCCACCUUAUCAGUGAAGAAAAGUAUCUCUGAAGCUAUUUUUUAGAUUUAGACCGAUUUUUCAUCAUUUUUUAGCCUUUUUUAAGAGAUUUCGCAAUUAAAAUCACUUUAAAGAUGUGUUUGUGGGAAGUCUAGGGCACUUUAACCCAUGCCAAUCAGUUAGUCUUGACAUUUAACUUAUCUGAUGACUUUCCCUUAAAGGUUUUGCUAUGGGAAGUUAAAUUUAUUCAUUUGCUUUUCAUUGAUCAUUUACUAUAUAUAUUCCGUCACAGCGCAACAAAAAAUCAUUUCUUCUAAAUAAUCACAGAAGAAUUAUUAUUUAUUAUUACCACAAGCCAUGUUAUGAACUACAUAGCUUAGAAUCAACUUAUAAAACAUAAUUAUAUGAUCAAACAUCAAUAAAUUUUCACGAGAAUUAAAUUUUGUGAUUACGCAAAUUUUUGCCAAAUUCAUGAAAUGCUUGAAAUUUUGAGAUCGCUAUUCGUGACUUUUACUUCUCCCAAAUUUUAUAAUUUUUUGCAAUUCGCAAAAUCAAACUUCUAUUUUUUUAUCAUGGAAAAAAAAGUUUUCUGUUAUUACUUUUUGACCAUUUAGCUGGUUAAUAUCUGGGAAAAGAACUCCACCAAGGAGAUUUAGGAAUUAGGUUAAUAAACCAUAAGCCAUUAAGCAAUUUAAGAAAAGUAUAAUUGUUUUACCCAGUCUCUACAGAAAAUUAGUGACUGAAGUUGUUGCAAUAAGAACCUAUGCACUGGUUCAAUGUCCGUGGCAGAAAAUACUAAGCGGUUGAGAAAUGUUGGAAAGGCUGAUGGUUCAGAUGCAUUUGGUGGUGUGAAGUUUGAACCUCUAAGGACCAAUAAUUAUCACCAAUAAUAUUUCAGAAAAUCCAGUCCUACCAACUUUAGUAGAACUUUUUUAUUUGUGUUGUGCCGUGACGGAAAAUCUAAACUAACUCAUUUAAGUUGACAUUUUUUCUAAAAAACAUAACUAAGAAGGUCGUUCUUACCCUGACAGGUUAGAUUGAAGCAUCAAACCUUUGUAAAAUUGUUAUUAAGGGUUUCACAAAGCAAUAUUGCCUCUGGUUCUUUCAGGUUUGUUUGAUGAUUUUUGCAAAACAAGUUCAUAUUUUCAUAUUUAGAUAUAUAUUUGAAAUUUCUAAAGUUAUAUAUUGUAGUUAGGUAUGGCUAAGAUGUUUUUAUGUUUGUUCCAAGUUACUUUAUUGAACAUAUCAGAAAAAAUAUAUAGUUUACUUUUCUGAUUUUCUAUGUUUCACUGAUUUUGGGGCAUCUAUUUUGCAAUUUUUCUGAAGAAAAACGUGUUAAGUAACAAUAAUGACUUUCUUUGAUUGUCUCACUUGAUUACUCAGCGGUAUCACAAACACAACCAGCAGGAACACAACAACACAACUUGAUCCGUAACACAACAACACUGGAUAUCAACACAACUGCACAACAAUUUGAGGCCACACCAAGAACAUUCACAAUUGUUUACAGUCUAUAUUAUGGAUACAACAUAUUAAUAUCAACAAAACCCUAUCAAAUUUUAUACCAUUGGAAAAGAAAUUUUAAGUAGGUUUUGAAUAUCCCAUUUUCAACUUAUGUCUGUUUCAAUAGGCAAAGUUAUUUUGUUGUAACCUACUUUCAGAAACAUUGGAACAAGCUUUUUACUAUUUGCUACCUAUGCAAUCUUACUUCAACCACAUGAUUGAAUUUUUUUCACACAGUGAAAUUGCUUUAACUUUCGAUUGCUUGCCAGUGCUAAUAUUACGAGCUGCUCUCUCUGAAACAAUUCUGGAGAUCAUUUUUUUUGUGUGUUGAAAGUAAUUCUAAUCUAUUUAAAUCUUUGCAAUCACAUUGAGCACCUUGAAAUGAUUUGCUUCUGGUAAUAGAGCAGUAUAUAGCAGGUAUCAUUUUUAGGUUUGAUUAACAUGUAUUUCACAACCUAGUGCCCAGGACUUAAUUAUUAAUUCCUGUUAAAAAUAUUGAAAAAUGUUAAAAUUAAUUGUAUAGAUUAUAAUUUUCUUUUUUUAUCUACCUUCAAGCAACAGGUGGCCACUGAAAAUAUCAAAAGUAAAUAUAAAAUACAAUUGGUAAGGUACACGCAACUAUCUCCUCCCCAUUGCUGCCAUUCAUUUUAUUAUGCACACUGAUAUAAAUGGAUAACAAAAUUAUAUAAACAUUAGAAAAUAAUGUUCCGUACAUUGAUGUUACAGACAAUCUGUGAUAAUUCUUAUGUUGUUUAUUUUUUCAGAGAUUUUACUUUAAGUUUAUAACCUGAUAGCAUGGUUUUUUUAAUUGGUUUGUUUGUUAAACUGCAGGAAGCAAAAGUUAUUAUUGGCUAAAACUAAUGUCUACAAAAAGAACAAAAGCAUUGUCUAAUUCAGUACUGUCGGCAUUAGCAAAAGAUUGACUUCCUCAAAUUAAUUUUAAUUCAUUAUUAUUUCGACAAUCAAAGACAAGACAGUCAAUAAGGCUGAGAGAGUCACUAGUUCAGACACCGAAACAUGUAGAAGACAUAACAAGCAACCUACUCCAACAUACAUCAGAAAUUCCAGAGCUCCAAUUCUCUCAAAAAGACAUCAUCAAUGCAAUUGAUGAACUCUCUGACAACUCUGCACCAGGCCCAGAUGGCUUCCCAACAAUUUUUCUGAACAAGUAUAAAACAUUGCUAUCUGUACUACUUCUUCUGUUAUGGCAAAAAUGUAUGUAUUAAAUUCCCCAAAUUUUAAAGCACUCUCUAAUCACCCCUCAUUUCAAAGGGGGAAAGAAAUCUGAUGCAUCCAAUUACCGCCCAGUAGCCUUGACAACUCAUAUUAUUAAAACUUUCGAAAAAGUUGUCCGAGAUCAUAUCACCUGCUACCUUGAAGAAAACAAGCUACUAAACGGAAAUCAACAUGGUUUUCAUUCCGGUCGGUCAUGUCUAAGCCAAAUCUUAGACCACUUUGAUAAUGUGAUUUUGUUGAAGCUUUCCUGACAAACCACACCCAAUCAGUCAUUGUCAAUGGAAUAGAAUCACAUCCUGUUGCUUUUUUUUCAGGCGUACCCAAAGGUAGUGUGCUUGGACCACUUAUCUUCAUCAUCCUCCUUGGAGAUAUAAACUCAAAUGUCAGUGACAGUAUUGUACGGUCAUUUGCUGAUGAUACAAGGGUUACCAAUAGCAUCGACUCUCUCAGGGACAUGGGCAACUUGCAAAGUGACCUUCGGAAAAUUUAGAAGGCAGAAGAUACAAACAUGAAAUUUAAUGAUCUAAAGUUUGAGAUCAUGCGUUAUGGCACGAACGACACCCUGAAAAAUUGCACUUCGUAUCUUUUCCCCUCUGGAUCCAUCAUCACAGAGGAUGAGGAACUGAAAGAUCUUGGUGUCAUAUGAACCACAAACUGCUCCUUUCAUUCCCACAUAUUGAAAGUAGUAAAUGGCAGUAAAAACAUGAUGCCUUGGAUUUUAAGAACUUUUUACACCAGAACAAAGGAUCACCUUAUGACCAUGUGGAAAUCUCUAGUUCUUCCUCUAUUAGAGUAUUGUUCAGUCCUAUGGAGUGCACAUAAAGUUGGAGAGAUACAAAUGAUAGAGGCAUUGCAAUGGUCCUAUACACAAAAAAUCAGAAACUUGACCAAUCACAAAUAUUGGAAAUCAUUGAAGGAACUGAAAUUGUAAUUAUUAGAGUGUAGAAGGGAAAGGUACCGAAUAAUUUAUAUUUGGAAAAUCAUGGAACAGUUGGUACCAACUGUUUAUCUGAAAAUCCAAAGCUAUCAUCAUCCUCAGCAUGGGCGGAAAGCAAAACUUCUGUGUGGUCCAUACAGUAAGGUGGCAGAGUUCAGUUUACCAAUCCAUGGAAUACAGCUCUUUGAUAUUCUCCCCAAAUCCAUCCGUAAUAUGUCCUCUUUAAAAAUAGCCUUGAUAAAUAUCUAUUCCAGAUACCAGAUGAACCACAACUGGUGAGAUACACCACGUUAAGACGAGCUGAUUCAAACUCGAUUAUACAUAUGCACACAUUGUGGUGUAAACUGGAUGUUCAAUCCAAUGGAGGACUGGCACGCACCUGCUAAUCCUGAAGACUUUCAUCGAAAGCCUACAACAAGGUAGAACACACCCACAUGUUUAUAAAAUGAUUAGGGUAAGUAAAAAUAUGUUUAAUUUUUUCUUAACACAAUGCGGGUUAUACAAAGGUGUGGGUAAGUAAAACACAUUGAUUGAAAAUUUUGCGGGUUAUACGAAGGUGCGGGCUAUCUGAUAGCAUCUAGUCUAUAACUCCCUAAAAAAGCUGAACUGCGGGUUAUACGAUGUGUGGAUUACAUACCGGAAAAUACAUAAUAAAGUUCUCCAAACUUGCUAAUUUUGAAGGUUUUAGAUUAAAGAUAUAUGUAGGUGUAGCAUUGGCAAUGUGGAAUUUGUGACACUGAUUUUCAUAUAUUUUUAGGGUGAUCAAAGUUGUCAUGUUAGGUGUGAAGAGUUAGGUGUGAAGUUGCCUAAGUCCACUUUUUUAUUUAUACAGUUGGUAAAAAGGCCUUCCAAAAUUUAUUUAUUUUGUUCGGAGAACUGGAUUAGUAUAAACUAUUUAAUGCAACAAAAAACCUUAUUAUGAUAAACAGCUAAUGUGAAUUGUCUUUUGAACAUCUUUAAAAUCCUAAAAAGAAGUGGGUACAAUGCCAAAAGUGUGUUAUAGAAGUCAUAUGUGCAGACUUUUAACUACAACCUUAAAAAUUGGCAAGUACAGAGAACUCAAGGUACUGUCAAAUGCAGGAGAAACCAACCAAUGAAAAUAAACAAUCAAUGCCACAGAAGGCUGAAAAUACCAUGUCAUAGCCAUCAAGUGUUGCCACUGAACAUAAAAAGUUAGUAGGAAAUUUGAAAUCACAUAAUUUAGAUGGUCACGUAAUAUGAGUAUACCAAACCAAAAUUAAAGUGGACCUUCCACCUCAAAAAUUUUUUCUCAUAUCGUAUGCCAAGCUAUUACAGAAUUUAAUAAUUAUUUUGCCUAAUUUGUUAAUAUAACUUAAAAACAUUGCAUUCUUUUUUGUCAUUUUUAAGAAAUGUGCUACCUUUGGCAGUAAUGGUGACCUUCCUCUCCAAAGCAGUCUUAUUCAAUGGAUGCGAGAAAAAUGUGAACACAAUAGAGCUUAUGACACCAACAGUCUUCUGGCUGUUCUAAGAAUAGAUACCCCUGCUCCCUGACCUUCGUCUCAGGUCAAAUGUUAUAGCAGAAGUCAGCGGUGUCUUCGAUGAAGAAGAAAUUUAAGUCAAUAGUAACAAAUUUGUUGAUUAUAAACUGUAUCGCAAGAGAAGCUUUUUGUUGCUCACAUCAUUUUUUUGUUACUAGCAAGAUUAUUUGUUAAUUGAUUGAAAAAAAUGUAUGUAACAAAAAAAUGCUACCAGCAACAACAAAAAAUGUUAAGCGUAUGAAUAUUCUCUGUUUCGCCACUUGCUGCAACAAUUUUGAUGCAGCACUUUUAUGUGCGACCAAUUACAAUGCAGCAAUUUUGCUGAAUGUUUUUUGCUGAAUGAUCCAAAGUCAAAAUCAAAAAUGGCAAAGGAGAAACAAGACAUGUGUACUGAAAAUCAAGAGAAUCAAACCAAUGUAUGUCUUUCUGACAUUUAAUACAAUCAUGCAAUAUCAUGUCUUCUUUUGUUAAAUGGGAUCUAAAAUGUUCAACAAAUUGGUCAUAUUGAGCUUUAUCAAUUCUUAUGUAAUUUUAAAAACCUUUAGAAUCUUCCUGGAAAAUUUUAUGAUAUGCUCCAUCUUCAUUUUUUCGUUGCAUGGUCUAAUCUAUUCGCGUUUAUUUUCCUUUUCUUUUUUUUUUUUACCUUUUGUAUAUUCCAUAUUAUUAUCUUCAAGAAGAAGGGAAAUAACUGUCAAUAAUAUUUGUCUUUCCAUUUUUAUGUUUUCUGGAAUAGUUUUGCAUUUCCCUCUUGCAAACUGUUGCCAUGGAAAUAAACAAUGUUUUGUUGUUGUUUUUUGACAGAAAUUUUGCAUUUGCACAGAUAUGAUGACACAAUAAAAUUUCGAGCGAUAGUAACAAAACUAAAUUUUCGCCUGAAAAAAUUGUCUCGUGUCCCGGUGGCUUUAGAUGAGCUAAAAGAUUAUGAAAGUUACAGUACUGGAAUCAGGACACCUAUAACACCGUGGAAUGCGUAUCGUGCACAUCACUCACAAUUCGUAAUGCUGUUGCAAUAGUAAAAUAUUUUAGCAUUGUGAAAGUCUUGAUCCAUCAUGGGGUCAAACUUUCACGAUGCAUUGUGAUUUUUGCGAUCCACAUCGUGACCAUCAGCAUACAUCUUUAAACAUGAUAAUAAUCACUUACCUUAAUUCCUCUUUUUUGCCCCCUCCCUUUAUUUAGCCCCUCCUUCUAAUAAGCCCCCCCCCCCCGAAAAAUAAAUAAAUAAAAUGAUAAUAAAUAAAUAAAAAUAAAAAGGUAAAACUAGUCAAAGAAAUUCGAUAUUAUUCGUUGAUUUAAUGUCAUAUACAACGAUAUCCAUAUGCUACAGCUUUAAUUUUUUUCCCCAAGUUUUGUUUGUAAAAUAUCUAUAGUACUGUGAAAAGGUUUGUUAACAUUGUGGUUCGUGUUUAUUUCAUGUUACGCACGAACCACGAUAGCCCAUGAUGCGUAUUUUUUAACAAACGUUGACCUCACGAUCAAGAUUCGUGGACUACACGAACAAAAACUAAAUGUUACAUCGUGGCUUCCACGAUAGAUAACUUCUAUUGUAAAACAACAAAGACCGUUAUGUUAUCAAUUAAAUAAAAAACCGACAGCAAAAAAAUAAAUUAACACUUGUUGUUUUAAUUCGUUGUCAUAAAGCUAGCUACAUAAUAGAUUUUAAUCGCUCGUGAAUCAAAAUGCGUUCUUAAAGAACAUUUCUAUCGUCGUUUUUCACUUAUAAACUUUUAAAAUGGGAUCUAAAAGAGCAUUUCUAUCGCCGCUUUUCGUUUAUAAACUUUUAAAAUGUGAUCUAAAAAACAUUUCUAUUGCCGCUUUUCGUUUAUAAACUUUUAAAAUGUGAUCUAAAAAACAUUUCUAUUGCCGCUUUUUGUUUAUAAACUUUUAAAAUGCGAUAUUAAAAAACAUUUCUAUCACCGCUUUUCUUUUUUAAACUUUUAAAAUGCAAUCUAAAAAAGCAUUUCUAUCGGCGCAGACAAAUUUGACUGACAUUUCGUAAAAAUAUGAUCGCGUCCAUGACGAAAAAGUACACACCAAGCAAAAACUACGAAUAUGCUUUUAUGAUAAAACCUGAAACAAAGAAAUUAACUUUAAUAAAAGACUUUUUUGAGAAGAAAAAAAAUUAAAUUAUACUGGCUAUAAAAAUCUGAAAGUGGAGCUCGCGAAAAUAAUCGUGGGACACACGAUCCUUCGUGGAGAUAAUAGAUAGAAUGUUUGAAUAUUUGUUAUACAUAAAGACCACGAUUUUAUCGUUGUUCGUGUACACCACGCUCGUUACACGAACACGAUGUUUGUGUUUAAAAUUCUAUUAUUUAUUUAUCUCCUUCCCUUUAUUUAGUCCCCCCUUCUAUUAACCCCAUCUAAAACCUCCACAAUUUAAAAAGCCCCCAGGGGGGCUAGAAAGAGCAAUUACUAUAGUCAUGUCAUAAGAGAAUAAUGCCAUUAAAUAUAAUUGUCUUGAAUCAAAAAUAUUUUCGUCGUGGUAAGCUUCUCUUGUUUAGAUGACUCCAACUUAAUUAGUUGUUCAACAAGACAGAUUGUUAUUGCCGUAACACACUCCUACAUUAUAACUAUUAUAUAUGUUGAAAAUUACACUUGCUAAAAUCUAGUGCUGCAAGACUUGUAGUCGAUACCAUUUAGGAAAAAUAAUAAAAACAAGGUAGAAAACGUUAUUUUAUCUUUUCACCUGAGUGCUAAUUACAUUGUUUUAGUGAGACAUUAUUAUUACUUUUUCUUCGCAACAAAAAAAUAUUAACUGCAUGCGUGAUGCGAAAAUGCAUAGAAAAAUAUGCUUGUCGUAACGCCCUGUUGUUGUUUUUCCAACCAUACAUUCUUGAUAAAAUUAUUUUUAUAAGGCCAACCAUUCCCCUCUAAAACUUAAAAUAUUAUUUUUUUACUUUCAGCAAUGUCCUUUCUUAUCUAUAUGACUGUGAAGUAAAUUUCAUAUUGACGCUACUACUGCCCUGUUCAUAAACACAUUUGUGAGAAUUUCCAUCAAUAAAAAAUAAGGCCAAAUUUUAAGUCACAAGUUUGAGUGAGUCAUAUCAGCUUUCAAAAAACUUAAUGUGUAAUUAUGUAGCAGCAAAAAAGGAAUAGUGCACUGUGAGCCAUUCUUUAGCGUUUGUUGAUCUAGCAACUUGUAAUGAAUAAUUAAAAAAGCAACACACGCAGGUAACAUGUUAUGCAGAAACAGAAUUGAAAAACAGAACAGAACAAACAUUGCACUGAUUGGGUGAUAUCAAAAUUGUUGAAAGAUGGCAAUUAUUUAGUUUUAAACUUAACUCUAUACACUCUAGGCUUGUGUACAAAAACUAUGGAGGUACUGGAUAAUUUUCUUUAUGAUACUGAUCAUGAAAAUCAAAUUAUAAUGCUGCACCCAGAAUCCCAGCGGAUUCAAAAUGGAGUCGAAAAAUGUGUUUCUAUGAUUCUUGAUAGUGUUAUGGCACAAAAUAAACGAUAUAAAGGUCAUAUUAUUGGAGCUGGAAGUGCAUUUGAUGCAUUAAAAGUUGGCAAACCGAAUGAAUAUGACUUCAAUUUUGUGCUUGAAGCAUUUGUUUAUGGUGAAAAUUUUACGGUUCAGCCAUCUGGAUUUAAUGGACAGAGAAAUUUAUGGAGAACACCUGCUGGAAGUCCAGCAUUUAAAAAGAUACAUCUAAUAAAUGAUGAAUUUGCUGCAGAGUGGUUCGGUGAUGGCCGAGUGUUUAACAUUGGUGUAAAAGGCAAACCUGAGUACAUAUUGUCACAGGUUGGGGUAAAAAAUGAAUUUGUUGAUUUAGUAAAUAAAAGUUUGAAGGAGCUGACACCACCCCGAGGCUUUUCCAUCUGUGGUAUUGUAGAUAUGAGUGGUCCUGCAGUAAGCAUUGAUCUUAUUUGGUUUGGACGGAAAUUCAAAGAAUUGACUGUUAAUGUAGACAUAAGUAUAGCCAUAGAAAUUCCACCUCAUGCGUCAGGGGUCAAACCCUUGACUAUUUUUAAAGAGGAUCAUUUCCUUUAUGAGGUGAUGCUGGAAUAUGAAAAAUCUGGUUACUGCUAUACACUUGUACCGUUUGUAAGUGGUGAUAAACCAAGUAAUUGUUGGAGGGUAUCAACUGGCUAUUUAGAAAGUUUUAUAUUUUCUGCUUUUAACAGAAACUCGAAAAAAAAAGGCUUGCUGCGGGUGGCAAAGCAUAUCAAAAGUUUAAUACAGUUGGACAAAGUUGAUUGGAACAGAAUUACAGCAUUUCCAGAGGAAUAUUUAUGUUUUGAAUUCAGCAGUUACACCUUGAAACAUGCUGUUCUUCACAUGGUAAGAGAUAUACCAACACUAAAUUUUAAUACUGAAUCAGUUGCAGAUAGAUAUAUUGAUAUGCUUCUAUUUUUGUACAAAUCAGUAAAGAAAGGUUAUGUUGAAAAUUUCUUUUUUCCAAGACAUCGCAUAAAAGUGCCUGAUUUUGAUGAUUGCAUGUUUGGAUUUUUCUCAAUUUUGUCAUUAAUUAAAGAGAUAUUUGAUAAGAACCAGGUUAAUGAGCAGGAAAAAACAACUAUUUGGCGAAAACUGGAGCCUAUAUACCAAAACAUAACUGUUUAUUAUGAACAUUGGAUUGUAGAUGAAGAAUAUAAGUAAAGUCUCUAUAAGAUUAAUUUUUUUUCUAAUAUACUUUAUAAUUUUUUUUACUCUCCUUAUUGUUAAUUAGUGUUAGAUCAAAUAGGAUAUGCACGA